CUUCCCCCAAGAGCCAUGGGGUCCACCUCUUCCGAGAACUUCUGUCUUCGAUGGAACGAUUUCGAAUCCAACGUGAGCGGAUCCUUCCGUGAACUCCGUGCGGAAUCAGAUUUCUUCGACGUGACCCUCGGUUGUGAUCAGUCCAAUGGCCGAGUGCUUCAAGCCCACAAAGUCAUCCUGUCGGCUUGCUCCAGCUUCUUUAAACGGAUGCUCAAGGAGCAAAUCAUCGCCUCCGGACUCAGCGCCAACCCUUAUGUCUAUUUGCGGGGCGUCAAAUUCUCCGAUUUGUCCUCCAUCCUGGAUUUCAUGUAUCAAGGCGAGGUCAACGUAGCUCAAAGUGAGCUCAACUCGUUUCUAGCGGUGGCCGAGGAUCUCCAAGUGAAAGGCUUGACUCAACCGGGUGGACCCAACAAACGAACGGCCCCCGGGAAGUCCACUGGGGGCAACGCCAAGCGAUCCCGAUCCAAUUUCCGAUCGGAAGACCGACCCGCCUCCAACAUUAAAGCCAGUGCCACAAAACGGGAGAAGACGGACGAGCCCAGCGAUGAUGAAGGCGGAGCGGCCGAUGAUCCGCCCUCCGAUGUGGGAGAGGAAGAAACUAAACAUCAAACCGAUGCGUUCGGCACCGAACCAUUUGAUUCGUACUUCGUCACCACAGAAGAGAGCGCGGAUCCUGACCCUGCAUCAACGACCACACAAGUUUCGGAGUCAUCGUCGCAACCACCGGUCACCUCAGAAGCGUCUUCCAACACCCCCGAGAAAGUAACGGACUUUAAUGAAUUGGUAUUCGGUUUGCUCUCGUUUGAAAAUGGAAUCCACACGUGUAACUUGUGCGGCAAGAAGAGCCCGUGGCGAACCACCAUGUUGCGACAUGUGGAAGCCAACCACGUGGAAACGGCCGGACACGUAUGCGACAUUUGUGGGAACGUCUCCAAGACGCGACACGCUUUCAAUAUGCACAAGAAACGUAUGCACGAGAAAGGCCCCGAUGGAUUGCCCACGAAUUCGGGACGACGAACGAGAAAAGCCAAGCAAGCCAAAGCCCACGAAACUGCUCGUGCACCUCGCAGCACUCAACAAAUUCAAAUUGUGCAGGAGCAGGAUGGCCAACAAGUGGUGCACCAAGGUCAAAUGAUUGAUGGGCAGGUUGUGAUUCAGACCCAAAUGCCUAACGAAGUCAUUACCCAACAAUUUAACUAAAUGAAGACAAAUUCAAAUAUUUUCUACCCUAAGAGAGAAAGAGGAGCUCGUAAUGUCAAAAUCUGAUUCGUAUAUACCUUGCAAAAUGUUAAUACUUAACCAAUAAUAGGCAUAAAACCCGUCGGUUCAAUAUAAUUACUGGUCUUGUG